AUGGAUACGGCGAAAACUGUCGAGGAUGGUGAGCGGAAAAAGACCCCGGAGGAGGUUGCCGAUGAGUGUCCGAUCAGACAAGUUGAACUCACAGUGCCCAAAACAGAUGAUCCGACCAUGCCUGUUCUCACUUUCAGAAUGUGGGUGCUUGGUAUCGUUUCUUGUGUAUUGCUGUCGUUCGUGAACCAGUUCUUCUGGUACAGAAAGCAACCUUUGAGUGUGAGUUCAGUCUGUAUUCAGAUUGCCGUCGUUCCGAUAGGCCACCUGAUGGCAAAAACGUUGCCUGCUCGUUCGGUGUUCAAGGAUACACGUUUUGAGUUCUCUUUGAACCCAGGGCCUUUCAAUAUUAAGGAGCAUGUUCUCAUCACCAUCUUUGCCAAUUGUGGUGCUGGGUCUGUCUAUGCUACUCAUAUCUUAACCGCUGUCAAGCUUCUUUAUAAAAGAAAGCUUACUUUUCUUCCGGCCUUGCUUGUAAUGCUCACCACUCAGGUGCUAGGGUUUGGCUGGGCAGGACUGUUCAGGAAAUUUCUGGUCGAGCCAGCGGAAAUGUGGUGGCCAUCUAAUCUGGUUCAAGUCUCAUUAUUCAGGGCUCUGCAUGAGACGGGGGGAAGACCCAGGGGCAGUGCAACCCGAACUCAGUUUUUCCUCAUUGUGAUGAUCUCUAGCUUCGCUUACUAUCUGCUUCCAGGCUAUCUUUUCUCAAUGCUGACCUCCUUCUCUUGGGUGUGUUGGCUUGCCCCCAAGUCAGUCCUCGUCCAACAAUUAGGUUCUGGUUUAGAGGGUCUAGGAAUUGGCUCUUUUGGGGUCGAUUGGUCUACCAUUUCUGCCUACCUUGGCAGCCCACUUGUGAGCCCUUGGUUCGCUACUGCUAAUGUUGCUGUGGGCUUCGUUCUCGUUAUGUAUGUCAUGACACCCCUAUCCUACUGGUUCAAUGUCUAUAACGCUAAAAACUUCCCCAUAUUCUCUAAUCAGCUUUUCACCGGAAAUGGCUCCAUAUAUGACAUCUCAAGUAUCGUUGAUUCCAAUUUUCAUCUUGAUCGGAAUGCUUAUUCCACUAUUGGGCCACUCUAUCUCAGCACCUUCUUUGCAAUGACUUAUGGCAUGGGAUUUGCUACACUUUCUGCAACUCUUACGCAUGUUCUACUCUUCAAUGGAAGAGAAAUCUGGCAGCAAAGCAGAAAAGCAUUCAAAGAGAGUAAAACAAUGGACAUACACACGAGACUCAUGAAGAAGUACAAAUCAGUACCCACUUGGUGGUUUCUCAUCAUCUUAGCGGUGAACCUAGCUCUAAUCUUCUUUUCUGUCCAGUAUUAUAACGAGUCGCUUCAGUUGCCUUGGUGGGGUGUAUUGCUAGCCUCCGCACUUGCCGUUUUCUUCACUCUCCCGAUUGGUAUAAUCUCAGCCACUACAAAUCAGCAACCAGGUUUAAACAUUAUAACGGAGUACAUCAUUGGCUACAUGUACCCAGAGCGCCCAGUGGCUAACAUGUGCUUCAAGGUGUAUGGGUACAUUAGCAUGACUCAAGCAUUAACCUUUUUAGCGGACUUCAAACUUGGUCACUACAUGAAGAUUCCCCCCAGAACAAUGUUCAUGGCCCAGGUCGUAGGAACAAUCUUAUCAGUCUUCGUGUACACAAUUACAGCGUGGUGGUUAAUGGGGUCCAUUCCUAACCUCUGUGACACGUCGAAGUUACCAGAAGACAGCCCUUGGACAUGCCCAAUGGACCGUGUGUUCUUCGACGCCUCUGUUAUCUGGGGUCUGGUCGGCCCGCGCAGGAUCUUCGGAGACCUUGGUGAAUAUGGCAAUGUGAACUGGUUCUUCCUAGGUGGAGCCAUAGCUCCCCUUCUGGUGUGGCUCGCUCACAAGGCAUACCCGGGUCAGAAAUGGAUAAGGCUAAUUCACAUGCCUGUGCUGUUAGGCGCCACGUCACUGAUGCCCCCGGCGACUGCAGUGAACUUCACCAGCUGGGUGAUUGUCGGGUUUCUGACGGGCUUUGUUGCAUACAGAUACAGACCCGAUUGGUGGAGACGCUGUAAUUAUGUGCUGUCUGGGGGUCUGGAUGCUGGCACUGCUUUUAUGACCAUCUUAUUGUUUCUUUCUUUGGGAUCAAAGGGCAUUGGGGUUGACUGGUGGGGAAACAACGUUGAAGGCUGCCCUUUGGCUGCUUGCCCUACUGCCAAAGGCAUUGUUGUCGACGGCUGCCCCGUUCUCUGA